GCCAGCCAAUAGCCUGCAUGUGGAAGUUUGUGGAAGAGUGGCGAGAUCAUCAGGUGACAUUUACACCACCCAGACCCGUUCACACUUGUGUCCUACGGUGAGCGCACGAAUCCGGACGCGGUGACUGACGAGCGCCAUCUACUGCUUUACAAAGUGCCGGGCCACCGUGCGUCUGCAGAACCACUUCAGUGUUCUUUGGCAUCGCUUCACCAAGUCUCUGGAACUUUACUGGAUGGAUGAACACCUUUCCUCCAGAAUACUGAGUUAAAUCUCCCACAGUUGUUCAGGUGUAUUUAGACUGUGAAGAGAAACCAAAUGGCUAACAGAGACUCGAACAAGCUAUUGGCUGCAUCCUUCCAGGAAGAUGAAACAGUGAACUUCACAACCCUGCAGGCUCUUUUACGCCACAUGGUUGGGCAGGUAGAGGAGAUGAAAAGUCAGCAGGUAGCCCAACAACUUGUGGUUAAUCAGACCGCGGAGGAUUUGCGAUCGCUGAAGGAAACUCUCCAGAAGUACCCGGACCCAGACCAACUCAGGGAGGAAUUGCGUUCUCUGAGGGAAACGCUUGAGAAGUUUCCGGACCCAGACCAACUCAGGGAGAAACUGUCAUCUGUGAUGGAAACUCUCCAGAAGUGUCCAGACCCAGGUCAAUGCAAGGAGGAACAGGAUGAGACCCCCAGCCUUGUGGAAAUUGAGAACAAGAUCAAAUUUCUGUUCCAUCUCCAUGAACGGCUGCACGAGGAAGUGAAAAGGCUUGUCUGUAAAGAAAUGGUGAGGGAUACAGAGAAUGUCGAAGCGAUGUCCAGUGUGCAGAAUGCAAUCCUGCAGCUUCAACGUAAAGGACAGAGCAACUUCGACAAACUCAACGAGGACACACAGAACCUGGCAGGCAAAGUGAGCCAUCUGCAGUCUGACUUUGUGUCGAAGCUGUCCAAACUCACCAUUCAGGUCGAUUCCAAGGUGGCCAGAGCUGAUGUGGACUCAAUCCUCAAAGAGCACGAGAGGCCUCAGGAAGCGGACGAUGCUGCUGGUUUAAGUGACAAACCGGUUCUCAAACACAUGCCAAGACCACCCUGGAUGCAAAAGCCCUCAUAUCCCAGAUUCCCCCCUGUCAAGACCACCGGUCAACCAAGUUCAUUUACUGUUCCUGCUCCGGAGCAGUGCAACAGGAACCAGGAUGCAAAAACCCUGAGCCACAUACAUGAGUCGGGUUCUGGCUCAGGCUAG